CUUUAAUAUUAAAUAUGCCUAUAACAACAAGAUUUGCAUCUACUAUUUCCAAAGAUGCAUCUUCUAUUGAUAAACCUAAUUCAGUAAAUAUUGAGUCAGCUCAACAAUUUCGUGAAAAAGCCUUUAAUUUACGAAAGAAGCGUGAAAGCCCAAAAGAAUGCUCUUCCUUACAGAAUGUCAUGAUACAAUUAAUCAAUCAACUUUUAGAUAUUGAUAAAAGUAAAUUAUUAUGGAGUAAGCUGCCAGAGAAUACGACAUGUACUUUUGAUUUUAUUAUUGAUCGAGUUUAUAAGCUGAAAUACAAGGAUUUGGCUUCAUUAAAGUCUGAUAUUGAUUCUCUAUUUUCAUCUAUUGUAUUAUCAAUUGAUCAAACCAAAGAGCUAACUUUAAUUAAAAACUUGUAUUCAUUUGUUAAUGACUCCUUGAAAUUAGAAGCAUCUAGAUUAAAAGAAACAUUACCAAAUUCAGAUUAUAUUUUUGAUCGUAUCUCUUUAUUUAGACCUACAACUGACGGAUAUGCUUUUACCGACAUGAUUGUAAAAGAUCCUAAUGAAGGACCCAAAUUAGACUAUCCAUCCCAAAUACAGGAAAUGAUUGUUCAUCCAGCACAACCAGCAGAAAAAGAGGAAGUUUUAACCUUAAAGGAUGUUGUUGCUCCUGCACCCAAAUUUAUUUCAAAGGUCGUUAAACAUGAAAAUAAACCCAUCAUUCCAGUUCAAUGGCUUAAUUUUGGCGCCUUUUCAAGUUUUGCUCCAGCUUCAGAUUCAAAUAAUGCAAACAUAACAUAUGAAAGCACAUACAUGGGAAGGGCAACAAAACGAUUAAAGACGAAUCGAUUGGGAGAUGAGGAAGCAUUAAAUGCCGAUUGGCUUGCAAAAGAAGGUUUAGAUAUCAAAAUCAUUGAAGCAGCUUUAGAUAAAGAAUCCGAAACAGUUGAUGAAAAAUUAGAACAAAAUAGUCAUUUAUUAGAGAAACUUGUUAAUUAUCAAUCAGCAAGAUUUAAUUCUGAUGUAUCCAAAUGGAACGACGUACAUGAAAAGGAAAUGAAAACUGCUAAACUGCUUGAAAAGAACAUUACAAAAAUGCUAUCUAAUCUACCACCUAAUGCUACUACAAAUACAGAAGUGAUUGAAUCCUCUAUAGAACGUUUGCCAUUAUUUGAAGCCGCUUAUAGAGGAACGUUACCACCUCAUAAAAUAUUUUCAUUCCCUACAACUGAAAAGGCUGAAGUUUUACCUCCUUACGCUAAUAUAACACCUACUUAUGCAAAAGAAAACUGGCGUCUAGUCAGAGUCACUCCUUUUCCUCCUAAAGAUUUACCAGAAAAAUCGUUACCGACUUAUCGUAUGUUGAGUAUGUUGGAACAACAACAGAUGAGUUUCUACCAAAAACCUGUCUUUUCUGUUCAACAAGCAGCAGUGCCAUUCGUUUCAACUAAUAUGGUCCCCUUAUAUCAUCAGCAACAGUCACAACAAAGAAAAUAAAAAUAUAAUGUAAUAAAAGACCUUUUAUAAAUGUAUUCAAAUGCAAACAAUAAUAAAAAAAAAAAAAAAAAUAAUAAAA